GCUCCCUAUUGCUGGAGAAGAAAAGUGCCCCGGAUCCUUUCAGGACUUUUGGUCUUUUGAGAGCGACACAAAUCGAGUGAGGGGAGGAGAAAAAUCCCCUGGAUCCCUGCAGGAUUUAUUCAAGAAGGAAAUAAUAGAAAAAUACUCAACAUGCAAAAGUCUUGUGAAGAAAAUGAAAGGAAACAACAGAACAUGCCAAAAGCUGAGGAAGACCGCCCUUCAGAAGAUGUACCACAGGAAGCAGGAGGAAAUCCUCAGCCUUCAGAAGACAGUGUAAGCCAGGAGGAAGCAGAAGGAAACCUUAGAAGCGGGCUGACUCAACCUGUUCAGGGAUUUAAAGAGGACACUCCCAUUAGGCAUUUGGACCCUGAGGAGAUGCUAAGAGGAGUAGAUGAGUUGGAAAGGCUUAGGGAAGAAAUAAGAAGAGUAAGAAACAAGUUUGUGAUGAUGCAUUGGAAGCAAAGACAUUCACGCAGACGACCUUAUCCUGUGUGCUUUAGGCCUUGAAUU